GCUGAUAUUUUGAUGUUGUAUCUUUGUUGUUUCCGUGCAGCACUGAGUAACAGGCUACUAACAAUUCAAGGAUUAGACGAAGAAGGAACACUGCACGGCGUGUAUCUAAACGGAAAGUAUUUUAUCUCAUGCGAACAACAUGGACAAGGCACUUGUAAUGUUGGGACGCCGGAGACCUGGUACCAAGCUCGAGAUAAGGCUAGUACAAUCAUCGCGAUUGAAGUGCCAAUUUAUCCUGAGACGGGACUGCAGACUACAGACCAACCCACCUCCCCUCUCAUACGCUGGGAUAACCAAGGACGAGCCUGGGGAGCUUCAGCUCGAGGUAUUCACCUCUCCCAACAGUCAAGUCCUUUCGACUGGAAACUAGUUUUAACCUGGCGAGAUUACGAUUUUGAUGAAUGCGCGAGCUCUACUUGUGAGAACAGAGGAACCUGUGUUAUAGUCGAUGACGGCUUUGUGUGUUUUUGCUCGGCCGGGUGGACUGGGCUCCGAUGUGAAACAAGUAUGUCAUGAUGCGCAGUAAUGUAUGCUUCGUUAUCUGGUAAAGUUAGGUUCAUUGCAGUGAGUUAGGAGCGGGUAGGUGUGUGGGUGGAUGUAGAAACAAAUAGCUAACAAAGAUCGUAAUCGUACAUUGAAACGAACGCAACAUGUCUUCGUACUUUCCACUUUAAUUAUCGUAGUAGUCCUUUCCACAAAUAUCACGUAAAAUUGCCUGACUAUCUUUCAGUAAAUUCUCGAGAAACAAUUUAUAAAUAUUUCUUAUUUUUGUUUUAAAAGAUAAAUUUUGAAUCCCUUAGGCUAAA